AUGGCGUUCACGGGCAACUACGAGGAGUACUUUGGGCUUGCGACGGACGUGGAGGCCAUGGCAUACCUGAUGACGGCCAACGACAUGAUGCACGGGCUCUACCCCGACUGCGUCACCAUCGCGGAGGACGUCAGCGGCAUGCCCACUCUCUGCCAGCCCGUGGCGUGGGGCGGCGUGGGCUUUGACUACCGCCUGCAGAUGGCCAUCGCUGACAAGUGGAUCGAGCUGCUCUCCGAGCAGACGGACGAGCAGUGGCAGAUGGGGGACAUAGUGCACACGCUCACCAACCGGCGGUGGAAUGAGAAGUCGAUAGCGUACGCGGAGAGCCACGACCAGGCGCUGGUGGGCGACAAGACCAUCGCCUUCUGGCUGAUGGACAAGGACAUGUACGACUUCAUGGCCCUCGAUGGGCCCUCCACUCCGCGUGUGGACCGCGGCAUUGCGCUGCACAAGAUGGUUCGCCUGCUCACCAUGGCGCUGGGCGGCGAGGGCUACCUCAACUUCAUGGGCAACGAGUUCGGCCACCCCGAGUGGAUUGACUUCCCGCGGUGGGACUUCACGACCCCGGCGGGCAAGUUCAUCCCCGGCAACGGCGGCAGCUACCACCUGUGCCGGCGCCGCUUUGACCUGGCGGACGCCCCCUUCCUGCGCUACAAGGUGCUCAACGACUUCGACCAGGCCAUGCAGCACCUCGAAGAGACCUACAAGGUGCAAAGGGGGGAGACGUACCAGGGAAGAGAGGGGAGAAAGAGGUUCUUGGUGGGGUGGGGUGAGGUGCUUGGUGGUGCAGGGAAGGAGACGUACAAGGUGCAGUGGUUCAUAUCAUCGGAGCACCAGUACGUGUCGCGCAAGGACGAGGGCGACAAGCUGAUCGUGUUUGAGCGCGGCGACUUGGUGUUUGUGUUCAACCUGCACUGGAGCAACUCCUACACCGACUACCGCAUCGGCUGCAACAAACCCGGCAAAUACAAGGUGGUGCUGGACUCGGAUGAGGGGCGCUUUGGAGGCUACAACCGCAUCGACCACAACGCUGCCUACUACUCCAAUGAGGGGUGGCAUGACGGGAGGCCGCACUCGUUCCAGGUGUAUGCGCCGUCGCGCACGGCAGUGGUGUACGGACCAGCUGACUACGAGGACCCACUCAUUGAGUACUGCGAGGAGAACCCCGACACCGAUGAGUGCCGCACCUACGACGAGUGA